AUGGAGCGCAUACUAAACCAACUUGUCCAUAUCAUACGACAACUACACAGCCAUGUGCCGGAACAGAAGCUGAAACAUAUUGAUAUGAUAUCUCCUCAAGACAGGAAAGAAAUUCAAGAGUGGAAUUCAGUGGAAUCAAUUGUUGCGGAUACCUGCGUUCACUAUCUAUUUGAGCAGCGAGCACAGAAAUCACCAAAUGCGACUGCAGUCCACGCACACGAUGGCGAUUUCACUUAUAAAGAACUCGAUGAUCUCUCGUCUCGCCUGGCUCAGCAUCUUAGCAAAAGUGGUGUUAAAAAUGCCUUUGUUGCAGUUUGCUUCGAGAAAUCGAAAUGGGCCGUUCUUACUAUGAUGGCCGUUUUGAAGGCCGGAGCCGCCAUAGUGCCGCUAGAUCAUUCGCAUCCAGUAAUGCGAUUGAAGUCUAUCAUAGAAGACUCUGAUGCAGAAUUGGUGCUCUGCUCCCCCGCCCAACAAGAACUACUCAAACAAACUGGAACCACUGUUUUUGUAGUUGAUGCUACUUCAUUAGGCAACAUCCCUCUGGCCACUUCUACGACCCGAGAACGUGUCUCGUCCAGCUCUGCUGCGUUUGUUUUCUUUACGUCUGGAAGCACAGGACUACCUAAAGGAAUCAUUAUAACUCAUACAGCAUACUGCACGAGUGCUAGGUCACACUCAAAAGCUCUCCGGAUAAACGAGGAGUCUAGGGUCAUGCAGUUUGCGGCUUAUACGUACGAUGUAAGCGUCGGAGAAAUCUUCACCACACUCAUAUGUGGCGGCUGCAUAUGUGUCCCAUCAAACCAUGAUAGGGUUAACAAUCUAGCGGCAGCGAUUCAACGGAUGGGUGUAACUUGGAUGUUUUUAACGCCCUCUGUUGCCGGUCUCCUACAACCUGAAGAUGUGCCUAACUUGAAGACUCUUGUGCUUGGGGGUGAACCAGCGACGAAGCAGAACUUCAUUACUUGGGCGAAUGGCGUGUACUUGAUAAACAGUUAUGGGCCUGCAGAAUGCUCAAUUUGGACUCACUGCAACCCUGGCGUCAGCCGAGACACGUCGAUUGGAUACAUUGGCAAAAAUAUUAACGGAAUCAGUUGGAUUACCGACGCUGAAGAUCCUACCAAGCUUGCUCCUAUUGGAACAGUCGGUGAACUUCUCAUAGAAGGCCCCGUUCUAGCAAGAGGGUAUCUGAAUGACCAGGCGAAAACGGAAGCAGCUUUUAUAGAAGCUCCGGCCUGGUAUUCUGCCAACACUGGAAGAAAAGCGCCAAAACUCUAUCGGACGGGAGAUCUUGUCAAAUAUGAUUCAAAUGGUGGAAUAAUAAUUCUCGGCCGAAGAGAUACACAAGUCAAGCUGCGGGGUCAGCGUGUUGAGCUGGGAGAGAUAGAAUUCCACAUCCAGCGAUCUCUGCCAAAACACGUUGAGGUUAUUGUCGAUGUCAUCAAACACUCAAACAGUAACCAUUCAGUUCUUAUGGCUUUCAUCUGUGGGGGCCACUAUGACGGAAAGAUGCAACAGCAGGAUAGUGAAAACCUCGCUGCACCACAAUCUUUGCAGGAAGUGUAUCCAGAAGUUGGUCUUCAACUCUCAAGCUAUCUACCAAGACACAUGAUACCUUCUAUUUUCGUGCCCAUUACUACCAUGCCUCUAACG